GGUGGAAUUUCCCAGGUUACGGCAUAGACUCAGUAGACUACUUCCGUAAUAGAUGUCUGUCUGGCCAGCCAGAAGAGAGGCCACUACGAGCUGAAAGUUCAGAGGACCAUGUGUAGGAAGUGAGCGACGGCAAUGGAUGGGAAAGGUCCGUAUCGCAUCUAUGACCCGGGUGGGAGUGAGGUCAAAGCCAGGGAUGAGGCCGUGGGGGGUAGCAGCUAUCGACAGCUGCUGGAGGAGAACAGCAUGCUGCGGGAGCGGAUGAAGGGACUGAAGAGCCUAGGCGACUUGCUGGAGGAGUCUCAGUCGGAGGCGUCGCGCCUUCGGCAGCGAGUGGAGGAACUGGUGAGAGACAACGAAGCCUUGAAGUCCUCCAGCUUCGCCGCCAGCCUGUGCAUGGGUGGACCCGCUCAGACCGAGACACAAAGCAAACCCUGUUUACACUCGACUGCAGAGAAGGAGGAGCAAAUGAGCUGUUUAGGGAAGACCCUUCAACCUGAGAAGCCCAGUGCCGGGCUGGUGGCAGGGGCGAUCCCCCAACAGCUUCCUCAGGAGAACAACGAGCUGGCGAGCCAGCUGAAGAGACUCGAGAGUUCCUUUAGCAUAUUCGCCGAGGAGUCCAACCCCAACCAGCUCCUGGCUCACCUCGGCCGCAUGGCUGUGGAGUUCCACCACCUCUCCUCCAAGGUCCAAAAGAACGAGCAGAGGACCUCCCUCUUACAGACUCUCUGCGAGCAGCUCAGACAGGAGAACAAUGAGCUUCGAAAGAAAAUGGAAGAAGAUCAUCAUAUCAGGAACCGAGACUUGGAACAGCUGAGACAGGAGAAUCAGAAACUGAAGGAGCUGGUCACGGGAGGAGUGGCGGUAACCGUGGCGCCAUCCGACACCGAGACUCCCGAGGCCAAAGACGAGCCGGUUAAAGAGGAGUCUUCUGCUGUCCGACCUAAAAUGGAGGUCAGCACACCACAGAAGAGUGGAAAAUCUAUUGAGAAAAACCCAGCGAAACCAUGUGACAUCGAGGUGUAUGAAAAGAAGAUCAAGCUUUUGGAGAAGCAGAGAAAGGAUGUUCUGGAGGUGAACAAGCAGUGGGACAUUCAGUGGAACUCCAUGAAGUCACAGUUUGAGCAGAAGAUCACAGACCUCCGGCAGCGACUGGCCGACUCCCAGAAAACUGUGCAGGAACUGGAGGCCGAGCGAGAGCAGAGGCAACGCGACUACGACAAGAAGCUGCUGCUGGCCAAGUCCAAAAUUGAAAAUGUACAGGGGGAGAAGGAGUGUUUAAACUCUGAGACCACAGAGCUGAAGCAGAAGAUUCGCUACCUGCAGGAUCAACUGCUGCCGCUCAGCAAGCAGAGGGAGUACCAGGAGAAGGAGAUCCAACGCCUGAACAGGGCCUUAGAAGAAGCCUUAAACAAGCUCUCCCAACAACCUCCUGGUCAGGGCAACUUUGCAGACGCAGCCAACGACCUGAAGAAGCAGGAGCUCCUCACACAAAUCGCUGUACUAAAAGAGCAGGUGAAAAUCUUUGAGGAGGACUUCAGAAAAGAACGGAGCGACCGGGAGCGAAUGAAUGAGGAGAAAGAAGAUUUGAGGCGACAAGUUGAAAGYCUCCAGGGUCAGAUUACUAAUUUAACAAAUCAGCUUCAUCAGGCUCAGAAUGAGUGUCAGAGAGAACGCACAGAGAGAUAUAAGGUGGAGAGACAGCAGAUGCAGCAUCAUAAACAGGUGGGAACCCAGGGCCUUGAAGGCUGGCCCGUUAAUUUACCUCCCCGGAUGCCCAAUGCAGCCGGCGCCACAGCAGCAGCAGCAGCAGCAGCAGCAGCAGCAGCAGCAGCGCCGCCCCCUGCUCGAGACUUCCAGCCUGGUAACUCUGGAUUUCCCUGGCAGAUGUCAUUCCCUCAACGAGGGGCCAGAGCAGUAGGAGAAAGUUCAAGACCCCCACCAGAGAACGCAGAUUCGUCGGCAGCAGCCACAGCAACAGGGUUCGGAAAAAGGGAGAGACAGAACAUAGACCCCGGAAAGCACUAAAGCAUCACCCCCUGCCUCCCCCUCCUAAAUCCCCCACCCCCAAACGGAGUCUGGGUAGUAGCAUGAAAUUGUUUUUAAGUUGGCAAGGUGUGAUUGAGAUAUAAUUUUCCUACUGAACUGUAGAUAUCCUAUUGUAUUGUUGUUUAUACUUGCGUUUUAUAAGGCUAUUUGUGAAACACUUCGCUAUUCUGAUUAUAUAUAUAUACAUUCGAUUUUUUUAUCAGGAACUUUGGUCAUUUGUUAAAUGGGUUGGAAUAAUUAAUGCUUUUUUGUUUUGUUCGUUUUUUUUUCUUCCAUAAAAUCUACCAAUGUAAUUGUCUCUCUGCAAGUAUGUACCAACUUAAUACUUAACUUUGUGACUUGUAGAGUUACAGAAAGCCAUUCCCCAAUACGACCCAAGACYACGCGCGCUCAUUCCAGCAAUGAAUGAUUUAUUUUAGGUACACCGAAGCGUAGAAUUUAACAAUGUGAACGUUGAUUGAUUUGAGGAUUUCUACGGUGCCAUUGAUGUUAUAGAGCUGUCUAAUAUGUGUAACUGUUCAAAAGUGGUUGUUGAAAUACAAAAACCUGGGGAAAUGAAUUUUGAUGAUAUCGUACCAAAAAAAAACCUGAUUGUGAUUACUAAUAAUUUAUUUAUAACCUGCUGUUUUGAUAGUUGCAUUGACUAAGUGUAAAUCAUUGUCUUUAGUAAUGCUGUUCUUUCUAUAUUGUUAGUGUAAUCCCAAUAUAUUGUAGCUCUUGACAUUGUAUGUUUGUAUCAGACACAAUGCACAGCACAUACAGCCUUUUUCUUUUGCCCCAUGAUGAUGGACCUAAUCUCAUUAUACAACACUUCUGCUUGGUUUGACCACAGCUUUGAUAGUUUUUUUUCUCCCCCCAUUCAUCUUCCUGCAUCCUGUAUUCAUUUAUAAUGAGGUUCCAGCACCAAUAUCAGAAGGCAGCAGUUGGGACUUUUUUUAUCAGAUGCGUCAGGUUUAAACUUGCUGACUGUGUUACAGCUGCUCCUCAGAGGGGGAAACCUSUACAGGAAUGUCCGGCUUCAAACGCCGCAACUCAAAAAUCAGAUUGAAGACUUGCUUGUUUUUAACCCUAACUCCCAGUUUUGAGUUUCUGUAUUUCAAAUAGACGAAGGGCUUUAAAAAAAGUGUGAAUAGGACUUUUGGAAGAAAAAAAAAACUAAUGAAUUUAAAAAAUGGGAGAAAAAUAAACCCUUGAUUGGUGAGGGCUGAGAUGAGACAUGAGCAGAGUUGCACUUUGAAGGUAUGCUGUAAUUUCUGGCAGUUGUAUUUUCCUGGUUUAUAGCCUUUUUUUUUUGGUUUGUUUUGCUGUAGGCAAAAAGCACAUGUAAGACUUUUUGUAUUUGACUGGCUUAAUAAAUAUAUUCUAAAUGUC